AUGAUUAAACCACUUAAUUCUUCUCCUACUACUCCUUCAUCUCCUUGUGGGUUUUCAAGAAGAAAUACUCUUCCGAAUUCUGGAUUUCUUGACUAUUGUUUUCUCUGCAAACAGAAACUCUUGCCUGGCAAAGACAUUUACAUGUACAAAGGGGACAGAGCUUUUUGUAGUGUGGAGUGCAGGUGCAGGCAAAUAUUCAUGGAUGAAGAAGAAACUGUAAAGAAGAGUAGAAGAGACAACUGUUCAAUGGCUGCUAUAAAACCUCGAGUGCCCUCGUCGUCUUCAUCCUCAUCAUCAUCGUCGUCAUCUUCUUCUACUAAUCGAAGUGGCAAAGGGCCUAGAAAUGGAGCAAAUGCCUUUGCAUUCUGA